AUUUGCGCACACAAUAUUCUCUAAUCAAGGUAUUCAUUCUUCUCUCGCUAACAAUAUUGCCAGCUGUGACGUCACUAGCUUAUCAGGCCACGAUUGUCGACAACCAGAGUACCUUACCUCCGGUGGAUGAGAAAAUAGCACGUUCAGCGCACUGACCCAUCACAAACAAGCAGGAGCCGCGAACGCGAGGGCAGUUCGCCCAGCUGAGCUUCGUUCACUAAUCGCUCCCGCGCUCGCCAAAUGGGGGUUUUCUUCCUAAACUUUUUGCGGGCGCUGAAAGGCCCGACUAAAAAUCUCGUCUUGAGAACUACUUUAUUCCUGGUGUAUUUACUAUUUGGCGCGGCAGUUUUCCAAACGAUUGAGUCGGGCGCUGAACACCGCGAAAUUCAUCAUUUUGACAAAGUACAGCAGCGGAUGAAAGAAAAAUACAACAUUUCGGACGAAGAGAUGCAUAUUUUUUUCACAGAAAUUUCGAAGGCCAUCGACGACGGAUACUUCGAUGUGGCUUACGACCGAUGGAGUUUUGCCGGUUCGCUUUUUUUCACUGGGACAGUUGUGACUACCAUUGGUUAUGGCAAGAUGGCUCCGAACACGGUCUGGGGACGAAUCUUCUGUAUAUUUUACGCCAUAUUUGGUAUUCCAAUCACGGGCUUAAUGCUGAAAUCGAUCGGCGAACGGAUAACAGAGGCAACGGCGAAUUUUUGGAAACUAAUUGACACAAAGAUCUUCAACAGGGAACCUCGAAAAAUCUACCUCAAAACUGUAGCGUGUAUAUUCCUGAUGGUAACAGGAAUGAUCUUACUUCUGGCAGGUAUAGGAAAAAGCUACGAAGGAUGGACAUUUUUCGAAGGAGUUUAUUUCGCUUUCAUCACACUAAGCACGAUCGGUUUUGGAGAUUAUGUGCCCCAGCAUCCAGCCAAUAGCGAGAAAGAUCACCCUGGUUACGUCAUUGCCUUCACAGUACUCACAUUCGUUUACUUUACAUUUGGUCUCGCGGUCGUCUCCAGUGCCUUGCUGGCUAUCAGUCGUUUAUUCGAGGACGAGCCACCCUGGGGCUUUAUCUCUUUGAUGGGAGGGGACGAUGGCGAAGAUGACGAACAAGACAAUCUACUAGCUGAGAAAAAGAAAGCUCAAAUCAAGGACAAGAUGGCGGGAAGUGGCGCUCCUUGAUGUCUAAAUACAUUAGAAAAUAUAUCAUCUUAAUUUCUGUGGAUUUAUUGUAUCAAUUUAUGAUAAUUAUGUCGUCGGGGGAUCAGUGUGUUGAUUUUAUUUCGGGAAUUUGUCAUACGUGGUCUUGUGACGUCAUAUCGUGGUCCAGAAUUAUAGCUCGAUUCACAUCUUAAGCAAACAAACCAGCUUCAACAUCAAAGGUUAUUCGGAAAGAAAAAUCAAACAGUGGUACAGAACAUAAGAAAUAUUUUUAUUACAAGAAAAGAAAACGGUCAAGAAAGGAUCCAAGAAAACCAGUGAAUGCUGGAUGUAAACUGAGACAUACUGCGAGCUAAAACACUGAAUUCCUGACAGUUGGUCGGAAAAGUCGAAUGUAGGGACACCGAUUUUCUCCGCGGUUUAUUGGAACUGAGUUUGUGAAUAUUAGAGAGGCUGCUGCAUUUGGUUGGACGCGAAUGAUACUAGAGUCGUCUGACUUGGAAUUUCGCCGGUUCAGCGGACCAACAAUGUAAUUUAGGUAGGUAGAGAAGAAAUGGUGUAUUAAUGGUAACUGGUUUUUGUCAAAAGUUCGACAUGGUAGACGUUACACUUUUCCACCGAAAAUUCUGUCAAACUGAUGCCAAACGUGAAUUCCACUUUACCUCUAUUAGCACUAGAUGUAUCUCCUCAAGUUUUCUGCAACAGUCUGAUUGUCACGUAGCAACCUGGUGUGACAGAUGUUCGCUUGCUGCGUGACAACGAGCAAAUUGAUUGUGUCUCGUGUCCCAUGUUGUGCAUGUUUAGGACAAAUUGACGAACCAAAUGAACGAAGUUCUCUGUCACUAAGAAAGAAAUCAAAUACCUUGAUUAUUUAAGCAAUAUAUUUAUUUUUGUAACGACCUAUUAAACUUAAUAUCGGUGUCUAAA